CUUUCUCGUCUGUGGUGACUUUGUGCUUUGUGGUGCUGGUGUCACCAUAGACAUCGAAUGAUAAAUGCAGUGGGUAGAAAAAGUCUACACACCCCUGUGCAAAUCCCCAAUUUUUGGGCUAGAAAAUGUUGAUGUCUAUGAGUGUAAUCACAUUUGUAUUCCCUGAUUUCUUGCUAAUGUCGCUAAUGCUCCCUUGUGUGCGUGUGUGUCCAUGUAUUCAUGUAUGUGGACGUGUCUGUGUGCGUGCGUGUCCGCCUGUCAAUUUGUGUGCGCGUGAGCACAUUUGUGCACGUCAAUUUGUGUGUUUGCGUGUGUCCGUGUUUGUGUGUUUUCAUGCAUUUGUGGGCCCACAUGUGAAUGUGUGCCCAUGUGUGUUUGUGUUUGUCCAUGUUUGUGUGUUUUCAUGCAUUGUGGUGCCCAUGUGCGUCUGUUAAUUUGCAUGUGUGUGUCAAUUCAUGUGUCCUUGUUUGUGUUUUCAUACAUUUGUGUGUCCAUUUGUGAAUGAAUGUCCGUGUGUGUGUUUGUUCAUUUUGUGCGUGCGUGUCCAUUUUGGUACGCGUGUGUGUGUGUUUGUCUAUUUGUAUGUGCGCGCGUGUGUCAGGGCCCCCCAUCAUCCUGAUGUUCCACGGUGAAGAUUAUCAUGGCCGCAGUGAGCAUGUCCGCCGGCAGGCGCCUCACUACGACCAGGUCCCGCCGGCCACGUUGCCUCGGGACGACGACCCUUCCGAGCCGCACCCUCUGAGCGCCCGGUCCGCGCCGUACUUCGCCCUCAGCGCCGACCCGCUCCCGCCACCGCCUUUGCCGGACCAGCCUGCCGUCGGACUCGAGUACCCCAGCGACGGCGAGGGGGCCGCCACCGAGCAGGAUCCGGACCCGGCCCUGGACAUCAAACCGGUGCACCGCUUCAUUCCCGACUCGUGGAAGAACUUCUUCCGGGCCAGCGAUCGCAGCAGCCAAAAGGGAUCGUGGGCCGACCCCUCGGCGCCGCCAUGUAACAACAAUAACAGCACCAGUGAGGGCGUCCGCUGCUCGCCGCCCCACACGCCGUCCGUCCCCGAGUCCGACGGGGAACCCUACGGAGGGUCGGCCGGCAGCUACAACUCCGCCAAGGAGCUCUUGGACCUGGGCGAGUCGGCGUCGGGUCGCACGUACCGCACGGCGCUGACGUACAGCGAGCGCGUGGAGGAGUACCACCAGCGCUACGCCUUCAUGAAGUCGUGGGCGGGGCUGCUGAGGAUUCUGGGAUGCGUGGAGCUCCUGCUGGGCGCCGCCGUCUUCGCCUGCGUCUGCGCAUACAUCGACAAAGACAACAGGUGGUUCAACAUGUUCGGGUACUCGUCUCCGGGCGGCGCCUACGGGGGCGGCUUCUACGGCGCCGGCGCCGGCGCCACCUACACGGGCCCCAAGACGCCGUUUGUGCUGGUGGUGGCGGGCCUGGCCUGGCUGGUGACCGUCAUCGUGUUGGUGCUGGGCAUGACCAUGUACUACCGCAUCAUCCUGCUGGACUCCACGUGGUGGCCGCUGACCGAGUUCGUCAUCAACGUGGCGCUCGCUGUGCUCUACAUGGCCGCAGGCAUCGUGUACGUGCGCGACACCACCCGCGGGGGCCUGUGCUCCUACCCGGUGUUCAACAACGACCUGAACGGGGCCUUCUGCAGGACGGAGGCGGGCCAGACUGCCGCCAUCAUCUUCCUCUUCCUCACCAUGGUCAUCUACCUGAUCGGGGCCGGCGUCAGCCUCAAGCUGUGGAGGCACGAAGCGGCGCGCAGAUACCGCCAAAGCGACGCGCAAGAGAUGCGACAGUCGGAGUUUGGAGCGGCGGAGUCGCUGCUGGUUCCCGCCGGCGCUCCCGCGGGCACCAAAACCCCUCGCCAGGAGUCGUCGCUGGUGUCCGUCCAGGGCGAGCCCGUCGCCGUGGCCCCCAGAAUCCUGCAGGGGGCGAUACCCUCCGGACACAUUCCCAAGCCGGUCAUCGUGCCGGACUACAUCGCGAAGUACCCGACCAUCCGCUCGGAGGAGGAGCGCGACCAGUACCGCGCCGUGUUCAACGACCAGUACGCCGAGUACAAGGAGCUGCACGCCGACGUGCAGGCCGCCUGCAAGAAGUUCGACGAGAUGGACGCCAUGAUGCGCAACCUCCCGCGGCGGCCCGGCAGCCAGAUGGAAGCGGAUCGCAUCGACAGAAUCCUGCAGGAGUUCCAGAGGAAGAAAGACGACCCGACGUUCCUGGAGAAGAAGGAGCGCUGCGACUACCUGAAGAACAAGCUGUCGCACAUCAAGCAGAAGAUUCAGGAGUACCACAAAGUCAUGGAGUGGAACGACGGCUACGACUAAAAGUCCCGACUGGAUUGUGCUUGAACGUCACGUGGCGCUGAAGACCAAACGUCUUGUGUGUCUUGUCUUUAGGCUGCCCGUGCUCACUCUCUGCAUUUUGGUCCACCAUUUCACACACUACUUGGCCUUCAAGGGUCCAGGAUGCAGCUUUGUCCAUUCGUCCUGCUUUUUGUCUUCGCUUAGAUGAAGGAUGCCUUCAAAACAUGCUGAAUGAGGCCUGAAAUCAUUGAAAACAUGCUAAAUGAUGAGCAUCCAAAGCUCAAAAACAUUGUAAAUAAUGGGUAGACUCAUUAAAUACAUGCUGAAUGAUGGGAUAAAACCAUCCAUCCAUUUUCUAGCGCUUAUCCGAGGUCGGGUCGCGGGGGCGGUAGCUUUAGCGGGGACGCCCAGACUUGCCUCUCCCCAGCCACUUCGUCCAGCUCUUCCGGGGGGAUCCUGAGGCGUUCCCGGGCCAGCCCAAGGAUGUAGUCUCUCCGGCGUGUGCCGGGUCGUCCCCGGGGUCUCCUCCCGGCGGGACGUGCCCGGAACGCCUCACCGGGGAGGCGUCCGGGAGGUAUCCGAAUCAGAUGCCCCGGCCACCUCAUCUGGCUCCUCUCGAUGCGGAGGAGCAGCGGCUCAACUCUUGAGAUCCUCCCGGAUGACCGAGCUUCUCGCCCGUCCUCUAAGGGAGAGCCCGGACACCCUGCGGAGGAAACUCAUUUGGGCCGCUCGUAUCCGGGAUCUUGUUCUUUGGGUCCCGACCCACAGCUCGUGACCAUAGGUGAGGGGAGGAACGGAGAUCGACCGGCAAACUCUGACUCCGGUCGUACCCCGUACUCCCGAAGCACCCCCCGCAGGACUCCCCGAGGGACACGGUCGAACGCCUUCUCCAAGUCCACAAAACACAUGUAGACUGGUUGGCCGAACUCCCGUGCACCCUCGAGGACCCUGCCGAGGGUGUAGAGGUGGUCCGCUGUUCCACGGCCAGGACGAAAACCACACUGCUCCUCCUGGAUCUGAGAUUCGAUUUCCUCUCCAGCACCCCUGAAUAGACCUUACCGGGGAGGCUGAGGAGUGUGAUCCCCCUGUAGUCGCAACACACCCUCCGGUCCCCCUUCUUUAAAAGGGGGACCACCACCCCGGUCUGCCAAUCCAGAGGGACUGUCCCCGAUGUCCACGCGAUGUUGCAGAGGCGUGUCAACCGGGAGAGCCCCACAACAGCCAGAGCCUGGGAUAAAACCACUUACCACAAAAGAUACAUCUAGAUUGUGUGUGUGUGUGUGUGUGUAUAUAUAUAUAUAUAUAUAUAUAUAUAUAUGAAGCUAAUGUUUGUUGUUUUUAUACUGUAUGAUAUUUGGAGUCUUAACACUGAAUAAAACCCAUUAGUCUGAAA